UGUUUAUCACAAACUUACUUGAAAAAUCAAAAUCGAAGAUCAAAAUGCCUGUAUUCUUGUAGAAAGAGAACCAGGUACGACUACUAGUUGGUGUAGGUCGGCAGUGAAAGGAUUUUGAAGUGAAGGACAACCUGUCUCAGUUUAUGAUUCACUUUUGGCAAUAGUCUUCGUUGCGAGCUGAGAUUUGCAGCACAAUGUGAGCACCUGACUGACGAGCAGCGAAGGAAAUGGCUGAAGCCGACGACAGUCAGAAUGAUUUUCUCACUUCCUUUGGAGCUCUAAGUCCUCAAUCAGAAGAGCCCAGUACUUCCUUUUCAUUUAACCGACUACUUCGAGGUCUCGUUGGAAAUGAUGUACCAGCCAAUCCACCCGUUGCAGUUCCUUUUGUACACAACCAAACAACAGCAACAACAACAACAACAGCAGCAGGAGCAACAGCAGGGGCAACAAGCAUGCCUUCGCGCCAUUCCGGCAGCACUACAGCCGCACCAACAGCAGGAGCAGCAGGAAAGAUGAACAUUACCUCUACACACGCUCCAUUAGUUCUUAGCGGUAGUAGUCCUGCAAGUACCGGAGGAUCAAGAGGCACUGCUGAAGCAGCAACACGAAACGUUUCAGUCGAGUCUAUGCGAGGUGCCUCCUAUGCCGUCAAUGUCAGCUCCACAGCGCUUGAUGCUGAUCUAAAGAUGGAAUAUCGCGGUGCAGUGUUCGAUCAUCCGGAACAGCAGAAAACAACUGAGGAAGUGUUUGGCACCAGUCUUCGUCUUCGUCGACAAGACACUAGUGGCAAAAGAAGUGUUGCAGGCCAGCCCCCUAACACUGCUCUAUUGAAAUCUGAUUCGUCCCAAUCUGCAACUGUAUCUGUUGAAGAUGCGGCAAGUCGUAACUUACGUUCCACAGUGAGGACAUUCAUGAUGCUCGAGUCGCGCUCUGCCUCACGGGAGUCAUGUGAGAAUUCGAGCACUGUUGCUGACCAAGCUAAUGUUGAUACACCUGAAGCAUCUGCUGUUCCCUCUACCACUGUGUCAGCUGUUCCUGCUUCUCUUGUUUUCGAAGGUUGCGAUUCUAAUGCAGCUGCUGCUGCUACUACUGCCGGGAAGACACAAGCACAGACACAGGCACUUUCUGGCAUAUCCACUAUGUCUUCGUCAUCUAGAACAGCAUCGCGGAAGGAAUCACCAGUAGUGGUAGUGAGUGAGACAGACACUGCUACUGCUACUGCUACUGUUACUGCUGCUUCUGCUGUUGUUGCUGCUGCCGCCACUGCUGCUUCUACUAGUACUACUGGCGCUAGUGCUGCUAGUGCAGCUAGUGCUUCUUCAGCCAGUGUGGCUGCCGCCGCCGCCACAGAUCGAUCUCUUUAUACUGUUCUCAAACGUCUUGGUUCCAUUCUGGAAGGAACACCAGCUGCGGACGGAUCACAGGCCCAAAGAUGGCGUGACACCGAUCUCAAACAGUACUGGAUGCCUGAUGAGCAUUGCAAGUCAUGUUAUGAAUGUGGCGCCCAGUUUCACACAUUCCGACGUCGCCAUCACUGUCGUGUAUGCGGUCAGAUCUUCUGUUGGCGUUGCUGUAGUGAAGCUAUCCCUGCACAGCAUAUGGGCCUUAAUGCCACGCUUGGUGCUCUGCGCGUUUGCACUUACUGCGCUAGGGUGAUUCAUGACUACAGUGAAAAGCCAGCCUCCUCAGCUGACAUGCGUACAUUCUUCACUUUCAACACUACUAGUCGCAGCAGUAGCAGGACAGGAGAAGGCUGCACUACGGGCAGUGCAUCACGGCCUCCUAGUGAUGCUGCGAACUCAUCACCUGCACUUUCUCGCCAGCAUCCUGGCAGCAGCCAUCUGGGUCGCAAGAAUGUAAUGUUUGAUGAGCAAACAAGUGUGCAGAGUGCUGGAUCAAGUGUAGCAAGCACCACGUACAGUGGCAGUACUGCUGCUGCCACUAGUGCCACAUUGGAAAGUAUCCAAGAAUGGGCAAGUCAAGUAACUCCAAGCAAAUCACCCAUGUCUGCGGCGCCCAUGUCUUCACCACCCAAGCCUGGCCAUGAUGCUACGAAUAAUUUACGAGAGGUGUGGCUCGAUUUGGUGUCUGGGCAACGUGGCCUUGGGUUGCAAACCCACCGCUAUCGUCUAAGAUCUUACUCCAACACAAUGGUUGGAAGUUCCAUUGUUGAUUGGCUCAUUGACAAAGAGUUUGCUGCCAACCGCAACAUGGCGUUGAGUAUUGGUCAGGCUUUAUUAGAUAGUCAUCGGAUCGAGCCAGCUGCGAGUGAAGAGCAUAGCUUCAAAGAUGAAUACUGUCUCUACAAAGUUGGACCGCUUGGUCAAGUGGAGAUGGACAACAUCAGAGUUAAGGCAGCAGAGCCAGUGGAUGACUUGGAUGAAGAAGAACCAUCCUGGUUCAAAGGUCUUGCAAAACGCCGUCAGCACAUUCCACCUCUACCACUAAAACUGGUGCGUACACAAGAGACCAUUCCAUCACUUGGUACUGCUACUCAUAGCAUGGCAGAAGACACUCGCCAUCGCCAGUUUAGUGCAUCGUUUGGUGGUGGUACUAGUACUAGUACUGUUCAGACAGCCAAUGCUGCAGAUGCGGACUUGACCACAGCAGCUUUGCAGCAGCAACAGCAGCAGCAGCAGUCUUUUGAUGACACAUCACGCCAUGGUCUAUCUAGCGGUGUAGUACCAACUACUCCAUCUCAAAGAUACACUCUGUCAUCAUUGAGGAGUGGAUCCGUUGCAGUGCAUGAUUUUAAAGCACUCUUUCAACAGAUGGAUUCACAUGACAGUCAUGAAGAUCAAGGAGGACGUUUUAGAGCUGCAUCAACUGUUCAUGAAGAGAGCUUCAGGGAGUCGUUCACGAAGCAACGCCUAGCCCACCUUCGUAAACUACUCGAGCAACAGUUGUUAGUCCAUGGUCUUUCACACAAAUGGAUGGAGCACAUCAUGAGAAUUAUUGUCAAUGUCAGUGAGAAUGUAUUGCCUAAUCAGGAGAGAAACGACCACAUGAACGCAAGGGAUUACACCCAGUUCAAGAAAGUACCUGGUGGAUGCCACAGUGACUGUGAAGUCGUAUGGGGUGUUAUUUGCACCAAGAAUGUCCUGCAUCGGUCGAUGAAGACAUGUAUAACACAGCCAGCUAUCAUGCUAUUAAGAAAUGCCCUUGAGUACCAGCGCGUGGAGAACAAGAUGUCUACAUUGGAGACACUGGUAAUGCAGGAGCAUGAAUUCCUGAAGAAACAUGUCAACAAGGUGGUAUCUAUGCGGCCAGAUAUCUUGCUUGUUGAGAAGUCUGUGUCAAGACAUGCACAAGAUCUUCUGUUGGCGCAUGGUGUCACCGUGGCAACCAAUGUCAAGCCCUCUGUCUUGGAACGCAUCUCUCGUCUAUGUGAAGUCUCUCAGCUAGUGUCCGUCGAUCAGCUUAAUCGUUCACACAAACUUGGAAUGUGUCAGAGAUUCCGCUUGAAGGAAUACAAGCUGGAACAAGGCAAUGUAAAAACUCUCAUGGUGUUUGAAGGUUGUCCACGUAAUCUUGGCUGCACUGUAGUCUUAAGAGGUGGAUCGAAAGAGGAACUCUGCAAGGUGAAAUGUGUUAGCAAGUUCAUGGUACACAUGGCCUUCUCAACUCACCUGGAGGAAGAGUUGCUGAUGAAUCUAUGGUCGUCCCCACAGAGUCUGAGCAGCACCAGCAGCAGUAGCAGCAACAACAAGAGCAGCAAGAGAUCAUCAAACACACCAGCCAUUGACCAUCACUCACUGUCAUCUAGCACACCAAGCUGCACACGAGCAGGUCAGAUGCUACUAUGUCAGAUGCGUGACUUGGUUUUGCCGGAUGGUGAUGACGAGAUCAGACAACACAUGCCGCCACCAAUACAAGCAUCGGCGACACACUACUCUAGUAAAGUGUUAAGCGGACAGGAGAACAUUGGACUAAUAGCUCCUAUAGAAGAGAACACAUCUGUGGUAUGUAUCUCUCCUGUUCCUGAUAACCGUGAUCUGAUUACACAUCAGCAACGCGUCUCAUCUCCCCUUCAUCUGUCAGCUACUCUGAACAGUGGAUCAGCAACAAUGAAUGCUAUGCUUGACUCUGCGCAGGCGGGUGGAGAUGCUUACAGCACGUCUGCAGCAAGCCGGAGUGGGAGUAGUGCUGCUGCUGCUGCUGCAACUGAUGAUAAUGCAACAUUACCUCUCACUGCACUGGCGGCUAGCAGUGCUAGCAGUAUGGCUGCUACUGCUGCUGCUACUGCUACUGCUACUGCUACUGGUGCUACUGCUGCUGCUACUGGUGCUACUGCUACUGGUGCUGCUGCUACUGGUGCUGCUGCUGCUGCUACUGGUGCUACUGCUGCUGCUACUGGUGCUGCUGCUGCUGCUACUGGUGUUAGUGGCACUAGUAGUAGCAGCAGUGCUAGCAGUAUUCAUCAAGCAAGUACUAGCCUGCAAGCACCUCGGCGUGCUAAUGCACUGACCCUGUGGCAGCUGUUUGGAAAAGCUGUUGAAUCGAACGUCCUUUCAGCAUCACCGUGGGUGCAGAUCCCGCGACCGUACAUCAGUCUACCUUCUUCAUCAUCACUGCUUGCUUCUUCAGAGAUGACGACAGCGGAUAGGACUACUUCACCACCUCCACAUACUCCUGCUGUUGCUAGUACUAGCUUAUCAUCGCAACUCAAAGCAGCAUCCCAAGCAUUUGAUGCUACCAAGGUUUACCCCAACGUUGGCUACUGGUCAUCACUGUUUCAUGGUGCUGGUAACCAGUGCACAUCAUCUCACUCUGCUCUCUCUGCUGCUGAGUAUGGCAAUAGUAGCGGUGACGGUGGCGAGAAUGAUUUCAGCCUGUCAUGCCAGUGCAGGACUAUUUGCCCUGCUUCUACGCAACACACCAAUGAUGUGAGUGGAGACGAGGACAGCAGCACUCUUCCUCUCGACUCGCCACCAUCAUCUGCAAGUAUGAUGGUCAGUCUUUAUACUGGCCUUCCUCUUCCUAAUGAUGACAAGAUGAAAUCCAGUAUUCCUUUCUACGUUAAUACACCAAAGAGAAAUGAUGUGAUUCUUUUGGCCAAUGCACAUGAUGCUACAUCAGUGUCCACUGUUCCUAAGCGGCAACUCUCUCAACUCUCGUCAAAUUCUGCUGACCCAUCGUUUUGCCACCCAAUGUCCAGCACAUUGCUAGUACAGCAGUCUGCAUUUGAACGCACCAUGACAUCGAUGGUGUCCAACUUCCGAGCAUUUGGAGCAGUGGGAGGUCGCCGUGGACAUCCAUGCCAGCAUAUGCUCUCUUCAUCAGCUGUCAGCAAGAAUUGGAGUGGCGGUGGCGGUGGCGUUGGCAGCAGCAGCAGCAGCACAACGCUGACACCACUGGACCCGCAUCAGAGCAACAGGACUUGGUCAACUGAGCAAGGCUUCACUGCCCGCAAUGCCACUGUUCCUGCUGCUACUGCUGCUGCUGCUCCUGGUACUGCUAGCGGUGGUAGCAGUGCAACAGGCAGCACCAGUGCGGCACCAUCAUCAACAUCAUCAACGUCUGAUAGCGAUACUGCUGCUGCUGCUGCACAAGCAUCCAAUCUGGUCGAAGCUUUCUCCUCUAAGAUGAAGAAAGACUGCCUUGAUCCUCGUAAUCACCAGAGAAUCACUGUCUGCUUCAGCACGGAUUCUCCACAUUCUCCGAAUGCUCCAGAGCCUUGCAUUCUACCAUGGGUAGUAAACAUGGAGUUCUUUGGCAAGAAUGAUGUGUGUCUUGGCGAAUUUCUACGUCGCUAUUGCUUCAGGGAAAACUACCUGUGUGUGAAUGCAUUGUGUGGACUGGCAAUGUUGCACCAUGCUCGCCACUUUGUCCAUGGAAAUGCCACAGUACACAUCACUGUAGACAUGUGCCCGCAGCCAUUACCUGAUAGGAACGAGAACUCCAUAUUUGGAUGGUCUGCUUGUUCCAAGUGCUCCAGGAGAACGUAUCCGAUGAUGAUGUCGAUGAAGAGUCUUGCUUACUCGCUGGGAAAGUUCCUGGAAAUGCUCUUCUACGCCAACGCUAGCAAUGGUGAUGACCGUGAAAAGCAGCAGAGUGCUGAUGACAAUGACUAUGCUCCUGCUAGUGCUCACAGUGGCGCAUCAGAUUGUAAAUGUAAACACACCGCCUUUCAUGACAGUGUGCUGUAUUUUGGAUGCAAGGAUCAAGUAGCUAUUUUUGAGUAUAGCAAUAUUGCUCUGCUGGAAGUUAUUGUUCCACCCAUACUCAUUGUACGUACUGGACAAGCAACACCAGAGCUUGCUGUUAACUGGAACAAUGAGUUUCAUUUGCUGGCUAAGAGGAUCAAUUUUGUGUACAGCAGUCUUGCUGAGAGACUGGAGGAGUUGGAAGCAUCAGCUGCUGACGUACGCAUCUACGAAGUACCAGUGCUGCGCGGUCAUUGCACGAUUGAACAGCAAGACUUUCUCAGCAAACUGGAAGCUUUACAAGAGGAAGCUAUGGCAGAGGGCAUGCUACGCAAGCGUGUCCAGUCCAUGCACACCAGCAGAAGAGCACGGAUACGCAAUCGUCCUACGACUUCUACUACUAAUAUUAGCAGUGACAAGGUUGUGACUCAUCAAGGCGCAUCUAUGUCCAGUACAACAGUCACAUCAUCAGCAGCAUCAUCAGCAGCAUCAACAUCACUAUCAGCAGCAAUGAGUGAUGAGGCCCUGUCUGAUUCACUCAACCUACUGCGCAGUUCUAUCUGUGCUCGUACUCGAUUCUGGAAUCAGACCUUAUUGGAGAUCUUUCGUAGUGAACGCCAUCGACGAGCACUAAACAAAUCGUCCACCAAGUCCAAGGCGACUCAGCAACAGUCACAGCAGCAGCAGCCACAACAACAGCCGCUGCUUCAACGGCGUUUGUCAUCCACUGAGAAGGGCAAUAUUGGUGAUGAGGACAAGCCCGAUCUGGCUGUAGCAACUGAGGCUGGCAUUACAGCCGGUGCAAUGUCACAUUCAGAAGAGAAUCUCAACAUUAAUCUCAACAUGGACUAUUACGCCUUGGACAGCAACAGCAGUAGACGCCCCUCUCCACAUACACCAUCUGAAUCACCAGUCCACGCUUGUUUCUCUGCUAGUCUUAUUGCACAACCAGGCGCCCAGACUUUCCAGACUUUCCAGACUUUCUCACCGUCUGACUAUCAAGACAAUGUACCUACUGGCGGCAGCAGCAGCAACACUUCUCCAGAUGCUCCACUCCAGCAACUCCAGCAUAUGCCAGUUCUGUCAUCAUUCCUGCAACGAUCCCGUAGCAGAUCUGACCCGUUGAUGGCACUGAAUUACUCUGUUAGAAGUAUGCCAAGUCCUUCUGCAGAUGGGCUUGCAGGCAACACUGUUGGCAGUGGCGGUAGUGGUGGUAGUGGUGGCAUUAGUAGGGCCGGUGCUGCUGAUGUUGGUCUUGGCAAUAUGCAUAUCGCCGAUGGUAAUGAUGAGUUGGAGAGCUCACCACUAGGCAAAGAUUGGGUGGAUGUAGCUAAGCUACAGCUGACUGCAGCCAGCACUAGCAGUGUAGACGAGCAUGCUGCUGGUGGUGCUGCUGGUGGUGCUGCUGGUGGUGCCUCGCGACCAGGCAAUACUACACCUAUCAGUUCAAUGUCCGCUGUUCAUACUACAACUGUUGCUGGUGCUGGUGCUGGUGCUUCUGCUACUAGCAGUAGUACUAUUAGUGGCGGCAAUGACGGCAGUGCUGCUGAUGAUGGUCUUGAGCACCCCACUGCCCAACAGCAGCAGCAGCAGAAACGUCACAGAGCCUCGACGUUUGCUGUCUUGCUCCCUUCUUGCACAUCUCCAGCUUCCGGUGAUGGUGGCGCUGGCUGCAGUGGUGGUGGUGGUGGGGGUGGUGAUGAUGAUGGUGGUGGUGGGGACAGUGUGUUGUCUGCAAGCUCUGCUGUUGGCGAGGAAAUAGCACUGUCACCAUCACACCCUGUUCCCACUUGCACAGUCUCUGCCCCGCACCAAUCAUCAUCUGCCUUGCAAUGCAGCAGUGAUAUUGCCCGACUUGAUCAUCAACACCAGCAGCAUCAACCUCAACUGCAAGCGGGACAACAUGCUGUGCCUGCUGUGCCUGCUCAAACUCCUAACAUACCACUCUCCACAGCACAAGCAGCAGCAGCUCCGCCUGUGGCCUGCACUAGUAGCUAUGCCGCUGCCAGUACUAGCAGUUCCUCUAACUCCAACACUCCUGCACCUGCUGCAGCUGAUGACACCAGCAUUGUGCCAAGGGGUUUGCCGACAUCGCCAGUUAGUCAGCAUGUCAGCCGACAUACUCGCAAGCCAUCAUCAACCUCAUCAACCUCAGUCGUAGGCCAUCAGGACAGCAGCAGCACGAUUGAAUCAAAUUCUAAUAAAACAGACAAUCCUGCUCACUCUUCCUCUCAACGAGAUCCCAGCAGCAGCAGACUGGAAACUGAUUCAGAAGCAAGCAAGUCAACAGUUGCUGAUACUGACGGUAGUUCUUCACAGCACACAGUUGCUCUGGCCAAGGAAGGUAAAGAUAAGAAAGCAGCAGGAAUUCGCCACUGGGUUGCUAAGUGGUUGGCUGAGAAAGAGUUUCAGCCACUGCCUCAUCCAUUUGGGUCUAAUAUUCACUUUCUGCCUUCACUGAAGAGGGAGCUGCCAGUAGUUAUCCAUGAAGAUGAACCAAGCUCCAUCAUCGCUUUCAUGUUGAGCUCUGAUUCUUAUCAGCAGCAACUUGCCAACAUCCAAGCACUACUUAAUUCAUCCAAACUUUCCAAGGAUUCAGCUGCCGGGCUCCCAGUGGUUGAGUUGGGUGCCGAUGCGGUCAACAUGCUUGAAGUUAGUGGCGAAGAAGACUUCGAAUUCGAAACUGUGCCAGCGAUGCCUAGAAUAACAGAUGUGCUGAAAGGAGACAGCCUUGCAUCAGCCACAGCAUCAAACUCAAGUACAGGCCCAGCUCCUGCUGUCAGUGGCUGGAGACAAUUCUUCCGCUCUGGCACGUCUUCUUCUUCCAAGUCUCCAGCACAUGUACUAACCUCUUCCAAAGUAUCCAACAGGAGUCAUGGCGCCAGCUCCACCACCUCCACCACCUCUGCAAGCACAGCACUGUCUUACCUAGAUGAGUCAGCUAGGUCAUCUAUGUCUCAAGCAUCGGCCACUUCAGAUGCAUGGUCAGCAACAGCAACAACUACAGCAACCUCAGCAGACCCUCUAUCAGCUGCAGCAGCAGAACUACCAGCAGCAUCAUCAACAACAACAACACUGGGAUCUACACGAGCUGACGUGGAUCAAUCUCACAAUGAAACUGAUGGGGGUGUGGACCAUAAGAACAACCCAGAGAAGUUACACAUCACUUGUGAAUUUGCUGGGACCAAUAGCGAAUUCUUCUGCAGGGCUUACUUUGCUGAGCAGUUCCGUCAGCUACGGAGCCGCAUAUUUCCUGCUGGGGAAGAGAAGUUCAUUCGCUUGCUGUCGCAUUGUGUUUUCUGGGCUGCUCGUGGUGGCAAGUCGGGUUCACGCUUCUGCAAGACAACCGACGAUCGCUUCAUCCUGAAACAGAUGUCUCGACCUGAAAUGCAAAGUUUCACUCAGUUUGCACCACAUUACUUCAACUUCAUGAACAAGUCCUUUGAUAGGAAGAAACCUACCCUGUUGGCAAAGAUUGUUGGAGUAUACCGCAUUGGCUUCCGCAACAAAUCCACCAACACCUCUUUGAGACAAGAUAUGCUCAUCAUGGAGAAUCUGUUUUACAACAGGAAAUCUGUGAAGAUCUUUGAUCUGAAAGGAUCGGUACGCAGUCGUUAUGUACCAUCUUCCAGCCAGAGUGAUGUUCUACUUGACGAGAACUUGCUGGAAUUUAUCUGCGACUCUCCACUAUUCCUGCGGCCUCAUAGCAAGUUACUGUUGUCGCAAUCUAUCACAAGUGAUACGUUGUUCCUUUCUCAACACCACAUCAUGGAUUAUUCGCUUUUGGUGGGAAUUGAUGAGACAAACUCUGAACUGGUGGUCGGCAUCAUUGAUUUCAUCCGCACUUUCACUUGGGACAAGCGUCUUGAGAUGUGGGUCAAGGCAAGUGGUCUGCUGGGUGGCCAUGGCAAGAUGCCCACUGUUGUCGCUCCAGAACUCUAUCGUAAGAGAUUUUGUGAAGCUAUGGAUCGUUACUUUCUCAUGGUGCCCGACAAGUGGCAUGGUCUUGGUGUUGAUUUGGAACCUUGUGCAGAUGCUGCUGGUAGCACUGCUGCCGCCGCUGAUUCUGCUACUACUGCUACUACUACUACUGCUGCAGGUAUGCCUGCUGCUGCUGCUGCCAUGCCUUCUGUCAAAUAGACUCUAGCAGUGUAAUGGGCCAUUCGGCUAUGUGGCAGUGCAUGCUGUAUGACACUUGUUGCACUGUCACACUGCACUGUCUGCAUAGCUAGGGGACGCCAAUGCCACUGCUGCUCGUCCUGUCAAACUUUUCUUCUGCUCUCAACUUGAGCAGCAGUCUAUUGCAGUAGUGCAAUGACGCUACUGUUGAUGUCAUACAGUGCUCCGCUGUGUGAGUGUGUGCGGGUGAGUGUGUGUGUGAGUAUGUGUGUGUGUGUGUGUAUAUGUGUGUGUGUGUGUGUGUCUGUACGCGCGCGCACGCGUGCUUUUGUAUGCGUGUGUGUGUGUGUUUUGUUGACUUCAUUGCCAACAUACCCAGUCUUGCUUGCUAUCAUGUUCAUGCUCCCUCUUCUGUGUAUUCAAUAGUCAGCAUACAAGUUCAAAUCCUGUCUUCCCUUAUACAUGUAUACAUUGUACACCCACCUGCCUGUGUGCCUGCUUGCUUGCCUGCCCCCUCCCCUCCCUAUCUAGUAUGCCAUGUUUACUUUAGCAACAAGACAUUAAUUAUGUGUUGUUUAUUUGCUUGCUUCGUAUCAUCUUGUUUUUCAAAUAUUCAGUGCGUUGCCAUGGUAAUGUGUAGGGAAACACCUAUACACAGUCAGUGCAUCUUCUUAUUGUCUAAUCUUGCACCCUUUCCCUGGUUCCCAUGCCAACACACGACUAGUAUCUUUUAGUGACUAGCAUGGUGCGCAACAGUUCUUGUUUAUUCCUGCUUUAUUUUUUAAGGGUUUCCUUCGUUCCUUUUGAGUCUUUCUUGGCCAUGUAUGAUGCUGUCUUUUAUAAAGUCAUGUAUGGGUGCCUUCUUUUAGCCUUGUAUGGGGUGUAAAAUUCACUAAACUUUGUUCUCUACUUCUUGUUCAUUUUGUGUCUUGUACAUGUUCACCCUUUUCAGUGGUGAAGUGUAUCUUGCUGCCGGCGGCCGGCGCAGCAGCUCCAUACCAAUGCUAGAAAAGUUUUGUUAUCAUGCUGAAAAGUCUGGCUGCUGGACAGGACAGGCAGCUUACAAUCAUGCAUCAAUUGUUAUUACUUUUUUUAUUUGUUUUUGCCCGGAAACGGUUUCUACUCUGAAA